GGAAACCUACAGACACCGAGGAGCAGCUCAGAAAGUCGCGCUGCCUGGAGGAGGCGGGUGGCAGGAGCCCACGGCCAUGGCAAGGGCGCUUCCUGGGGUCACGAUGAAGGCCGAGGCCCUGGAUGGGCUGCCAAGGGGACCACACAGGGCUGGAAUCAGAGAGUGCGAGAAAGGCAGGUGUCAGAGCCGAACAGGACCCAGCUGAGCCAGGACUUGGGUGGGGGCACCCUGGCUAUCGACACACUGCCGGAUAACAGGACCAGGGUGGUGGAGGACAACCACAGCUACUAUGUGUCCCGUGUCUACGGCCCCAGUGAGCCCCGUAGUCGGGAACUGUGGGUGAACGUGGGUGAGGCCAACCAGAACCAAGUGAAGGUCCACAGGAUCCUUUCCAACACCCACCGGCAGGCCUCGAGAGUGGUGUUGUCCUUCGAUUUCCCUUUCUAUGGGCAUCCUCUGCGGCAGAUCACUAUAGCAACUGGAGGCUUCAUCUUCAUGGGCGACGUGAUCCACCGGAUGCUCACAGCUACCCAGUACGUGGCCCCCCUGAUGGCCAACUUCAACCCUGGCUACUCCGACAAUUCCACAGUGUCUUACUUUGACAAUGGGACAGUCUUUGUCGUUCAGUGGGACCACGUCUACCUCCAAGGCCGGGAGGACCGGGGCAGCUUCACCUUCCAGGCCGCUCUGCACCGUGAUGGCCGCAUUGUCUUCGGCUACAAAGAGAUCCCCAUGUCCGUCCUGGAGAUCAGCUCCUCCCAGCACCCCGUCAAAGCAGGCCUGUCAGACGCCUUCAUGAUUGUCAACCCAUCCCUGGAUGUGCCAGAGUCUCGGCGAAGGACGAUCUUUGAAUACCACCGGGUGGAGCUGGACUCCAGCAAGAUCACCAGCACGUCGGCCGUGGAGUUCACCCCAUUGCCAACUUGCCUGCAGCAUCGGAGCUGUGACACCUGCAUGUCCUCGGACCUGACCUUCAACUGCAGCUGGUGCCAUGUCCUGCAGAGGUGCUCCAGUGGUUUCGACCGCUAUCGUCAGGAAUGGCUGGCCUAUGGCUGUGCCCAGGAGGCAGAGGGCAGCACGUGCGAGGACUUCCAGGAUGAGGACCACUACUCAGCCUCCCCUGACAGCUCCUUUGGCCCCUUGGACGGCGACCUCACCACCACUUCCUCCUCCCUCUUCAUUGACAGCCUUACCACUGAAGAUGAUACCAAGUUGAACCCUUACGCAGGAGAUGGUCUCCAGGACAACCUGUCCCCAAAGACAAAAGGCCCCCCUGUGCACCUGGGCACCAUCGUGGGCAUCGUGCUGGCCGUCCUCCUGGUGGCAGCCAUCAUCCUGGCUGGUAUUUACAUUAAUGGCCACCCCAACUCUAAUGCUGCGCUGUUCUUCAUCGAGCGGAGACCUCACCACUGGCCAGCCAUGAAGUUCCGCAACCACCCCAACCACUCCACCUACACUGAGGUGGAGCCCUCGGGCCAUGAGAAGGAGGGCUUUGUGGAGGCCGAGCAGUGCUGAGGCCAGACAAGAAAACCCAGGAUGGCCAGAAAAGAUGAGCUGUGCAAAGAGAAGUAACUUUUGCAGGCCUUCUCCAAGCACCUGGGCCCAGAAGAGGAGAUGGGUGGCUUGUGGUGCUGGGGCCGCAGUUUAGCCCACAGCCCAGCUAAAGAGGGGGCAGCACAGCAACCAGGGGGCGGGGUUUAAAUGAACAAUCACCUAAUCUCAUCCUGUUUAAUAAGAGGGGUCUCCCCUUGGUUCUCUCAAUGAUCUACUCUCUAGCUGUCCCAGACCUACCUCCCCACUGGAGGUGGCCUCAUGCCCUUCCGGCCUCUUGAGGCUCCUGUGUAGAUCACAGGCUCACUAAAAAGCCUGGGGCAGGACUGCUGCGUUCCAGGGCAUAGACUCAAGAGCUGGUCCUCCUGGCUCUGGAGGCAGCGCACUUAGCCCCAGCUUCUGUGGCUCUGGAAGCCAAAGAAGGGGUUCUCUCCAUCUGUGAAGAUCUAAGCCCUUAGGACAUGUCAUCAUGGGAGAGAAGCCAAACAAGAGGAAAGGAAGAAGGGGCUGGGGCUGGGGCUCAGCGGCAGAGCGCUCGCCUAGUGCAUGCGAGGCUCUGGGUUCGAUCCUCAGCACCACAUAAAAAUAAAUAGAUAAAAUAAAGGUAUUGUGUCCAACUACAACUAAAAAUAAUUAUUUAUAAAAAAAAAAAAAAGAGGAAAAAGACGCAGCUGUGGGGAAAUUUGCAUUUCAGACUUGGCUCCCUUCCCAGGACUUGUGCAUCUGAGCAAGUGCAACCUACAGCCAAGCUUUGCGCCCAGGUUCCACCUGGUGGGCUAAGCCCUGGGUAGCCCACGCCCCAUGUGGGGCUCCUUUUCCCAUCAGUAUGUCAGGUGCCCGUUUUACCCACUGGCCUGUACUGCGGUCGAUGCCACUAAGUACCUCUAAAGGCAGAGCUUGCUUAGUUCAUAUUUUUCUUUCUCUGAACUGGAUUUCUAUAGUCAUUAGGGACAAACAGGGGAACUUGAGGAUUCCUUGACACCCACACAGCCAGGGGGAUCUUCUGUUGGACACUGUUGAGCAGCAAAGCUGCAGAGCAGGUAAGACAGAGGAAGCCGGCACUGGCAUCGGAGGGAGAAUUUUCUACCUAAGACCUUGACUUGGAAAUGUCCCACCGUCUCCCUUGCUCUGCAAGAAGUUUUGGGGGCAGGAAGUGCAGACUCCCAAACUCAGCCUGGUUUCAGGGACUUCUGUCCCGGGGAGGAGCCAGGGUUGCUUCUGAAGGGCACUGGAAAUUAAAAUCUAGAGCUCACCCUCAUUCUAAGUGGAAAAAAAAAUAAAAAAAGGCAAAUAAAUGUUAAGUCACAGUA